AUGGCAAAGAUACUGAAUGAUUCGAUACAUGGUAUAAUUACGUUACAUCCAUUGUUAUUUAAAAUAAUUGAUACGCCACAGUUCCAGAGAUUGAGGAACAUUAAGCAACUUGGUGGGUGUUACUUUGUCUAUCCUGGUGCGUCACAUAACCGAUUUGAACAUAGCAUUGGAACAUGUUACUUAGCAAGCAAAUUAGCAAAUCAGUUACAAUUGGAAAAAGCUAAAAUGUCAAAUAAAGAUAAAUUAUGUAUCGAGAUAGCUGCCCUAUGUCAUGAUUUAGGGCAUGGACCAUAUUCACAUUUGUUUGACCGGAUGUUUCCCGAGGCAAUGAAAAAGAAAGAUAAGAAUUUUGAGCCGUGGCAGCACGAAGAAGUUUCUAGAAAAAUGUUUGACCAUAUGAUUGAAAGCAAUGAAAGUCUUAAGGGAGAAUUCGAUAAAGAAUUCACAGAAGUUCAUUUGAAAAUGAUCAAAGACCUGAUUGACGGCGAGAUAGUGGCAAACAAACAGAAUGCGAUAGACGUGGACAAAAUGGAUUAUUUUGCAAGAGACUGUCAUGGCUUAGGGAUGACGAGCAAUUUUAAUCAUUCACGUUUUAUAAGCCAAUGUAGGAUCAUGUUUCCAUUUACAGAUUCCGAGGAAACCACCAUUGCUGUAAGAGACAAGGAAGAACUAAAUUUAUAUGAGUUAUUCCAUACACGCAAUGGGCUUUUUAGACGGGCAUACCAACAUCAAGUUACACAUGGUAUUCAACUAAUCGGGACAGAAGCAAAGAUGAGUGAGGCCUUUAAGGAGAUGGGUGCAUAUGAAAAAUUAACUGACAGUGUUGUUGAUGUUAUCCUUAUGAGUAAGAACGAAGAGCUGAAAAAAUCAAAGGAUCUUAUACACAGGAUUUAUACACGUCAGCUUUAUAAGGUUGUCGGUAGGACAGAACCUAGAGAGGAAUUUAAAGAAGAGGAGCUAUUAAAAUAUGAGAAAGAUUUACUAAAAGAUGAGAAACAGUUUGGGAAAGAUGAUUUUAUUUUGCAGGAAGGUGAGAGAAGUUAA